AUGUCGAUCGCUUCAUCGGAUUCCGGUGCCGAGCACCAUUCAUACUCGGAAAGAACAUUAGCAAUUAUUAAGCCGGAGGCUCAUGAAAACGCGGAAGACAUUGAGAAUCAUAUAAGGGAUAAUAGAUUUAUGAUUCUAGCUAGACGGGUGGUUCGUCUGACGCCAGAACAAGCUGCAGAACUCUACAAGGGACACUAUGGGAGACAUCACUUUCCACAUCUCGUAGCACACAUGUCGAGUGGACCAAUCAUUGCUUUAGUUCUAGCUUCUAAGAAUUGCAUACAAAAGUGGCGUACUUUGAUGGGACCAGCUAGGGUUGUAGAAGCUCAGGCGUACUGGCCGGACAGUCUACGAGCGUGCUACGGACGACGCACUAAGUACGGCGACUACUUCAACGCGUUGCACGGAAGCGAGAGCCAUACAGAAGCUUUGAGAGAAAUACACUUCUUCUUUCCAAACAUGAUAGUUGGGCCAAUACUUCGCCAAUGGCAAAUUGGCGAUUAUAUUCAGAAAUAUAUAGCACCCACACUGUCGCCGGCACUCACGGCGUUAGCUCACGAGCGGCCCGCUGAGCCCAUUCUAUGGCUAGCGGAACACUUAAAACGGCACAAUCCGAAUGAACCGGAAGUACUUCCCCAACCUCGAGAUUUGAGAGAAGAAGAAAAAUGUCAUACACCGGUGCCUUCUCAAGAGUCCAUCGUUAAA